GGUCCUGAUUUUAUUGGUUAUAAGGUAUUACGUUUAUCAGCUGAUUACAUUACAACCUCUCUGACUUAUAUUAUUAAUUUAUGUAUAGCCAAAAAUACUUUUCCUGAUAUCCUGAAACAUGCUAAGAUCAAACCAGUUUUUAUAAAAGGAGAAAGAAACUUUGUAAAUGAUUAUAGACCUAUUUCGAUA